UAUAUUCCUUGGCCGUGUUGUGAAUGUUGACAGUGAGUUAAAGCGGCCACUGUAUACACGUCUUUAACAGUGUGACAUUCAAUAAUAUAAUGUUCAAGUGUAUGCUUUAAAGGUUUAUCACAAAGUUUACAUGGACUGACGGUGUUUUUGUUUCAUCUGUAAAGUGUCCAAUAUGUAAUUCAAGAGUGUCAAUACUGUGUAGAUCAUCCUGCAUGGUACUGAUAAGAGACGGCCACUGACGGCCACUUCCUCAUUCAAGUCGCAUCACUUUAUCCUCCUAUAUCACUUACUUAAGGACCUUAACGAUGGAAGCUGAGGAUAUAGAAACAGAGGAUGCUAAGUUUUUAAACUUCUCAAAGUACAUGUUUGGCAUCAAAAUAUACUUGAGGACUGGAAAAUACCCGAAAAAUUACAAUGCCAUCCAAAAAAAAUCUGUGCGUCACUCAGUCCGAAACAACAGUUUCACACUUAAAGAUAGUCAACUGUUUCACAAGAAGGGUGAGAGGUAUCUGAAGGUGGUGACAUCCCUUGAAGAACGCAACACUAUAAUUUCCCUGCAUCACUUAGCAGAUGCACCAAUAGCAGGUGUACACUGUAGCAUCAACAGUACAGUUUUACGAAUUUCCCAGAAGUACUGGUGGAAUGGAGUGAAGCAGGAUGUUAAAUCUUAUGUAUCGCGAUGUAAUGUCUGCAGGCAAAAUGACAAGAAUGGGACAAGGAAAACCAGAAAAGUUGAGCGUGAAAGAGAACCUCCAGGCUUACAAAUAUGUGAACAAAAUAGUAACAGUGAAGAAAUGUCCUUUACACAGAGGGACAUGAACAACCAGAGUCCCAUUAUAUUCGAUGAGUCUUCCACCGCCGAGAGUCACCACACUGAUGAUGAAACAGAAUCUUGGGAGUCAUAUAUAAACAGACGACGAGAAUCCUGCAUACAAGACAUUUGUUCACUUGUUCCACACAUAGAGAAAGUGGCAGUGAAUGCUUUAGAAGCAGAUUUGUUUUCUCUACGCUUUUACUUAAAAAAUUUUAUAAGGCGUAAUUGCAAAAGAGUUUUAAUACAAAAGAGAAAAAAAUCAUCUGCUUACUCUCAAGAAAAUGUUAGGAAGAAAAGACGUGUGGGUCAAGACAGUAGACUUUCUGAGGACAACAGCAUUAUACCUGUUGUGGACUUGGUGGAAGUUGAUGAUGACUCUCCUCUGAACCUGCCUGACCCAGACAACCAAGCAUUAGAGAAUCAAGCGCAAGAUUGUCUGACAAACACUACAACUGGUGUAAGUAAAGAACCUUGUGUGAUAAACACUACAAGUGAUGUAAGUAAAGAACCUGUGAUAAACACUACAAGUGGUGUAAGUAAAGAACCUGUGAUAAACACUACAAGUGGUGUAAGUAAAGAACCUAGUCUGACAAACACUACAAGUGGUGUAAGUAAAGAACCUAGUCUGACAAACACUACAAGUGGUGUAAGUAAAGAACCUGUGAUAAACACUACAAGUGGUGUAACUAAAAAACCUAGUCUGACAAACACUACAAGUGGUUUAAGUAAAGAACCUGUGAUAAACACUACAAGUGGUGUAAGUAAUAAACCUUGUGUGACAAAUACUACAAGUGGUGUAACUAACAAAACUACAAAGAAGUACAAGAUGGUGUUCAUAAUUAACAAACAGCUGUAUUCGGGGAUCAGCCAGAUUGCACCUCAGGUAACUUAUGCUGUAUUGGGACUUUACAAGGAGGUUAUUGGAAAUGGCAAGGACUAUGUAAACAUCACCCAAGAAUGGGAGAAGGAUGGAGAAAAGAAGCUGUUCUAUUAUGGCACUGAUUCUGAAGAGGUCUCUAAUGUGAGACAAAAAUGUGUUGCCAUGGGCCUCCCUACGUGCUUGAUCCGGAAUUCUGCUCAGACUUCAACAGUGGCAGCAGUGUUUAUUGAUGACAGUCUCUCUCAUAGUAUUUUGGAGAACAUGGAACUCAUCGAUGCACAAAAACUAUAAGGUGACAAAAGCACUAACGCUGAAAAUGGUGUAACCUCAUAAGAUGUAUAAAAUAUGUAUUAAUUGUUAAAGGUCUGACAAAUCUUGGGAAGUCUCCCUUCAGAAACUGAAUAGUAGACUAAAAAAUGAAAAUCAUAAAAUUAAUGUUCUAGUCUGGGCGUGAAUGGUGGUGCACUUCCAACUCACUCCAUGUUCAUACAACUUCAUAACACCUUCACAUGGUUUCUAAUUAUUAUACAGUACUAUAUACUGUACAUUCACCAUUAUGUGGCUUGGAGUGGCAGGGCUUGGGAGCUGGAGUUCUAAGUGGGUAAUCCUAAGAGAUAGUCACACGACCUUCCUUCUUGGUGACAACUGUUAUACUGAUUAUUUGUUUAAGAUGCAGUCAAGGAGAAGUGUGGGUGAGCGGGGAUGAGUUAUUGCCACAAUAAUAGUCACGCUACUCAUGCGGGAAAAUAAAGAAAAUGAAGCGCUAGAUUGACAUCAUACCCCUACUACUUCAAGUGCUCUUGGACGAUGUCAGACCUUUAAAGGUUAAUGGUAAACCAUCAUACAUGACCCAUUUGAUGGUCCUUCACUUUGUUCGAUGACCCUUGUAUAGUCAUCAGACUAGUGAGCCAGAUACUGUUAUCAUUUUAGUUAACUGUGCCAACACGGGGUGAUUAAAUAUGGUUCAAACCUACACUGUAAAGUCAUUUGUGAAAAAACUUUGUGAACCCAUCUCACACGUCAAAAUCUUGUGAUAAUCUCUAUGUAUUCAGAAAGUGUAAGAGGCCUUCUAAUGAUGUAAAGUGAAACAUGAAUGUUCAUGGUCUGCUGAGUUUGAGACUUUAAUUCAUUGUAAAUGUCCAAAGGAGGGGCAUCAGCCUGGUGCCUGGACUCUAGCAUCUCAGGAACACAGAGAGAUUUCAAUUGUUUCUCUUACUAUUGACAACACAACAGACAUACAGUGGUCCCUCGGUUAACGAACGCCUCGGUUAACGAAUUACUUUCCAUAAGAAUCUUCAAUUCUGUUAACGAACAAAAUUUCAAAUAACAAAAUUCUUACGAAAACAUGUCAACAUGUUUUGGCUUGCUCAUCGGCUGGUAGAUUAGUCCGCUAAUACAGUAAUCGGUUCUAGGGCUUGCAUUCGUUCCCAUUGGAGUAAAUAUCAAGAAGGUUGUGCUCUUCAAUAUUUUUCCAAGUUUUAUAUUAAAAUUAU